AUGUAUACUGUGGAAUGGCAGAAACGUGGACUUCCUCACAUUCAUAUCCUCAUGUGGUUAGAAGAAAAGCUGAGACCAGAAUCUAUUGAUAAGGUAAUUAGUGCUGAACUGCCUAAUCAAGAUCAAGAUCGAGAACUAUAUGAAAUAAUAAAAACAAAUAUGAUUCACGGUCCAUGUGGUUCUUUUAAUAGAAAUUCUCCCUGUAUGGUGGAUGGUUCAUGCACGAAAAAAUAUCCAAAACAUUUUUUAAAGGAAACCCAAACAGGAGAAGAAGGAUAUCCUAAAUAUCGUCGGCGAUCUCCUGAAGAUGGUGGAGUAACAACAAUAAUAAAUGGAAUUAAUAUAGACAAUCGAUGGCUGGUACCGUAUAACCCUGUCCUGUGUCGUACAUUCAAAGCUCAUAUAAAUGUUGAAGUUUGCAACUCAGUGAAAUCAAUUAAAUAUAUUUGUAAGUAUAUGAAUAAGGGAUCUGAUCAAGCAGCAUUCACUGUUGGAGAUCUUGAUGAAGUGACAAAGUAUGAAGCAGGACGAUACAUUAUCACUUCUGAGGCAGUUUGGCGAAUUCUGAGUUUUCCUAUCCACGAGAGAUUCCCUCCAGUUAUGCAUCUUGCUGUACAUUUAGAAAAUGGUCAACGAGUUUUUUUUAAUGAAAAUAAUAUACUCAAUCAGAUCAACAAUUCCAAAACAACACUUAUGGCUUUUUUUGAACUCUGUAAAGUGGACAAUUUUGCGAAAAAAUUAUUAUAUUGUGAAGUUCCAGCUUAUUAUGUCUGGAGAAAACACCAGUUUCACAGAAGAAAACAAGGAAAAAUUGUGCCAGGUUAUUUAGGUAUAAAAAAAGAUCAUGUUUUAGGCAGAGUGUAUACUGUCCAUCCUACUAAUACUGAAUGUUAUUACCUCCGUCUUCUUUUGCAUGAAGUUCGCGGUCCAGAGUCAUUUACGGCUUUAAGAACUAUAAAAGAUGUAAUCUAUCCUACAUUUCAAGAAGCUUGCAGAGUAAUAGGAUUGCUCCAAGACGAUGCUCAUUGGGAUCAAACUUUAGCAGAAGUCUCAAUUUCUGAUUUAUCUUACAAAAUACGUGAAUUGUUUGCUGUUAUGUUAGUUUUUUGCCAAGUUGGAGAUCCGAUUAAAUUAUGGGAUAAAUAUCGAGAUAAUUUCACGGACGACAUUAAAAGACGAAUGAGUAGGAAUCGCGAAAACUCUGAGUUAGAUCUUGAUAUUGUUUACAAUCAAUGUUUGAUUAAUCUUGAAGAUAUGGUCAUUGCUAUGUCAGGUAAGACUCUUUUACAAUUUGGACUCACUUCACCAUCUCGAGAACAAGAAUCUGUUAUUAUUAAUCAACAAUAUUUAAAUGAAUUAGCUUAUGACACUGCUAAGUUAACCGAAGAAGUGAUAAAAAGUGUUCCGGUACUGAAUAAAGAACAGAAAGAAGCAUAUGAAUCUAUAUUGAAUAGUGUCGUUUCUGAUUCUGGACGAUUGUUCUUCCUUGAUGCUCCUGGUGGAACGGGAAAAACAUUCUUGAUUAAUUUGUUGCUUGCGAAAAUUAGAAGUGAAAAAAGUAUUGCUAUUGCUGUUGCUUCUUCAGGAAUUGCGGCUACUUUAAUUGACGGAGGCAAACAGCUCACUCGACAUUUAAAUUACCUCUUGAAAUGA